CUGCAAUAUAUACCCCUGAUACUAACUUGAAAUUUAUACUUCUUUGAUCAGUGUAAAGAUGAAAGGCUGCGACUUUUUGUUCAUUACCAUUUGCCUUUUACUGAUAUUAGGGCUUGGCGUCCAUACUUUGUCUUAUGAUUAUUCUGCUACCACAAAGUGUUUAGUAGAACCUGAGAGAGCGCAGUAUGGAGGAGGAAUUAUAGUAAAUCCAGAAUUUGAUCACAACAUAGAUAGUUGGAAAGUGUUUGGAAAAGGGUCAAUCAAGGAACAGAUAUCGAAUGAAGGCAAUAGAUUCAUUGUUGCUCACAACAGAACACAACAGUUGGAUAGUUUCUCUCAGAAGGUCCAACUUCAGAAAGGCAUGCUAUACACCUUUUCUGCUUGGUUUCAGGUGAGUGAAGGAAGUGACACGGUGUCAGUGAUGUUCAGAACAAAAGAAAAUGAACUGGUACGAGGUGGCCAGGUGAUAGCAAAACAUGGAUGCUGGACCCUUCUAAAAGGUGGCAUAGCUGCAAACUUUUCAAGCCCUGUUGAAAUUCUUUUUGAGAGCAAAAACUCAACUGUGGAAAUAUGGGCUGACAAUGUCUCGUUACAACCAUUCACGAAAAAGCAGUGGAGAUCACAACAAGAUGCCAACAUUGAGAGGGUACGUAAGAGGAGAGUGAGAUUCCAAAUAACCCGUGUAAAUGAAACAGCAUUGAAAGGAGCUACAGUCAUCGCCACACCAGUAAAGUUGAACUUCCCAUUUGGAUGUGGAAUGAACCAUUACAUCCUCACAAACAAAGACUACCAGAAUUGGUUUGUGUCUAGGUUCAAAUUCGCAACCUUCACUAAUGAGAUGAAGUGGUACAGUACAGAGAAAGAGCAAGGCGUGGAAAACUAUACUGUCGCAGAUGCCAUGCUGAAAUUUUCCAAAGAGAAUGGCAUUUCUGUGAGAGGCCAUAACAUUUUCUGGGACGAUCCAAAAUAUCAGCUUGAAUGGGUCAAGACCCUAUCACCUGAGGAUUUGAAAAAAGCAGCAGCAAAAAGAAUGGAAUCUGUGGUUUCAAGAUACAAAGGACAACUGAUUGCAUGGGAUGUGAUGAAUGAGAAUCUCCACUUCCACUUCUUUGAGGACAAACUCGGCCAAAACGCCUCUGCAGAAGCAUAUGCAACAGCUUACGAGCUUGAUUCAACGCCAAAAAUGUUCCUGAAUGAGUAUAACACCAUUGAAUAUAGUGGGGAUGAGGCCUCCAGCCCUGUCAACUAUAUAAAGAAAAUUAAGGAGAUUCUGUCGUUUCCAGGAGUUGCUGGAAUGUCAGCAGCAAUAGGGUUGCAAGGCCAUUUUGCAAGUGGCCAGCCAAACCUUGCUUACAUGAGGUCAUCUCUUGAUCUUCUUGCUACAACUGGACUUCCAAUGUGGCUCACAGAAGUCAGUGUGGAUCCACAACCAAGUCAGGCAGAGUAUUUGGAAGAAGUACUGAGAGAGGCGUACUCUCAUCCUGGUGUUGAUGGGAUUAUAAUGUUUUCUGGUCCAGCACAAGCUGGUUUCAAUGCCACUACUCUGGCGGAUGAGAAUUUCAAAAAUACUCCUGCUGGAGACGUUGUGGACAAGCUCAUUCGGGAGUGGGGGACUGGGCCUAACAUUGCCACAGCAGAUGGCAGAGGAAUCGUAGAUAUUUCACUGCACCAUGGAGAUUAUGAUGUAACUGUCACACAUCCUCGAAUCCACUCCCCUAGAAAGUUGAAUCUGAGUGUAAAGAGAGAUUUAUCCCUUGAAACCAUUCAUGUGAAAAUGUAUUAAUAAAAUAAGAUUGUAAUA